AUGAUUCAGUUUGAUAGCGUGAUUCCAGGGCUGCAGCAUUUAUAUGCACCCAAAAUGGAGGAGGACAGUGACCUAGCGACCGUAGAUAGGUUCCGUUUGACCUACGAUGGCCCUGACCUUGAAAUCAUAGAGCGAAUCCGGCGGAUGUAUGAAAGAGUCCCGUUCGGAAAAAGCAAAAACGAUGACGAAGAAGGACGAAAAAAGAAGAAAAGGAGACCAAAAUUUUUAACCAGGCUAAAAAAUGAUUUGGAUUUUAGAAGAAAAUUCAUCUUAACCAUCGGAUUGCUUUGGUCUUUUAUGAUCCUGGGAUGGAUCAUUGGACAAUUCGGUCCCUCCUUCCUUGACUUACAAAUCAUUACUUCCACCACCAUAAAGAAAGGAUCCGCCUUUAUGACGGCUAAUUCUGUGGGGUACCUCACGGGGUCCCUACUCUGUGGAGUUCUAUUUGACAGCUAUAACAAACUCUUGCUGCUGUUCAUUGCUGUCCUAGGUAACGCCAUCACAGCCGCCAUUAUUCCAUGGUGCUUUGUGUAUGAAAUAAUGGUCAUCAUGCAUGUCGCCAAAGGGACCUUCUGUGGAGCUCUGGACGCCAUUUGUAAUGCCGAAAUAGUUUACACAUGGGGCGAAGAGGGACGAGUCUACAUGCAGGCUUUGCAUUUUUGUUUUGCUUUAGGAGGAAUUGUAUCACCAAUGGCAACCGCUCCUUUCUUGGCUCCGAAACAUAAAACUUUCUUCCUCAGUAAAACUCCCGUGGAUUAUUACAUACCGGAAGCAGAUUUUGACACAGUGACAGUUGCCUUAAAUGGAACAAAAUCUGCUACAGGAGUGAAUUUUACAGUCAAUACCGUCACAAAUGUCUCAUUUACCAAAAAUAUCACGUAUAUUACUAAACUGGUUCCCCACCCUCCUCCAAAGUCUAGAAUUUACAUUGCCUAUCUACUCUCGGCCUUGUUGGCCUCCACGGCAGCCAUCUUCUUUUUCGUUUUAUACAGAAAAUCCAUAAAGCAGACGAAGAAGAAAAUUAAAAAACGAGCAAAAACCACCGAAGAAAGCCAGCCAAAAGUGCUUCCUUUAAAAUCCAAAAUAAUUGCUAUAGCAAACAUGAUGUGUAUAAUGGGGUGCUACAGCGCUAUAGAAGAUACGUUUGCUGGUUUUCUUGCAACGUUUUGUGUCAAACAAAUGGAUUGGUCUAAAUCUGCUGGUUCCUUUGCAACAUCGUUUUACUGGGCAGCAUUCGGCGGGGGUCGUUUCUGUGGAAUAUUUCUGGUACGGUUUUUAACUCCGGUGCGAAUGAUAUGCAUGUACAGCGGCCUGCUGAUUGUAGCAUUCACCGGAUUAUUCCUAACUUCCAACGAAGGUUAUGACGCAGGAGUUUGGAUUUGUGCGACGUUAGCGGGAUUUGCGCUUUCUAUCAUUUUCCCCACCAUGUUUAUUUGGACAGAGGAGGAACUUCUUACAAUAACGGGGAAGGUUGCGUCACUGUUUCUGAUUGCGUCAUCAUCAGGCACCAUGGUUAACCCAAUCGUACUUGGGACUCUGAUGGACAAACUCACACCUAUGUGGUUCUGUUAUUUACUGUUCACAGAGAGUGUUCUUUUAUUGGUCUUCUAUCUUAUAGCUCAACACGUCGCUUCCGUCAUACAUACUCCAAAUACCGAAAAAACGAGUAAAUUUGAUGACGUGCGCCCCGUAUUUUAUGACGAUUUUGAUCCACGAAGCUUCUUAACUGACAAGUCAAAAGAGCAGAAAUCCAAAGUGAAUCCCGAUCUGACUCUCAGUAUCAUUCCAUUAAAUGACGAGGAUCCAAAAAUUACAGAAAUGGACGUUAAGGAGAACUCGCUGCCAUUCAGCGGAAGUGACGAAGAAUCGGAGACGGAGUCUUUAUUGACAAGCGAAGAUCGAGUCCAGAGUUAAGCAGGAUUGGCCAAAAAAAUAUAUCAUAUC